AUGCAAACGCCCUCUCAGACGAUCCCACUGGAGCUCCUCCCAGCAGAUGAAGAGCCUACAAAGUCGACCGGUACAUCCACUGCUGCCUCCGUACAGAAGAUAAUUCACUUUGACCUUAAGGAGGAGGGCAACCAUGUGUUGGCAGUGAGCGUGAAUUACACUGAAACGAUGAUGGCUCCCAACAAAGACGCACCAAGCGGGUUUCAGGCUUCGGGGGGUAGGGCGCGAACAUUCAGGAAGCUUUAUCAGUUUGUUGCCCAGCCGUGUCUAAGUGUAAGGACCAAGGCUACUGAGCUAGCUCCGCGUGAAAUAGAGGGCCGUUCAGGUGGACCAUUUGGAAAAACACGAUUACUUCGUUUUGCGUUGGAAGCACAGCUUGAGAAUGUUGGAGACGGAAUGAUUGUUCUAGGGGUCCCAACGCUUAAUUCUAAGCCCCCAUUCAAAUCAACGUCGUUAAAUUGGGAUUUCUAUGAGAAGGAUGGAGAUCAAAAGAGAAUAGCUCCCACGCUGGCACCAAGAGACGUGGUACAGAUUGCAUUUCUGGUUGAGCAGGAAGAAGGGCAGCAGGAAGGUCUUGAAGCGACGCAGAAAGACAUUAGUCGAGACGGUCGCACAGCCCUUGGUCAGCUGUCUAUACAGUGGCGGAGCGCGAUGGGAGAGAAGGGGUACCUGACGACAGGAAAUUUGAUGACGAAACGGAGAGCAUAG